AUGGAACCUCGAUAUGAUCUCACAAUCAAUCUCGACGAAAAGUGGCGUAAGCAGUGGUCUGCCGUCCCUAACAUGAUGCUCUUCCUCGCCAUGGACGUGUCAAACGGUGGCAAAGAUUCAUACCACAACCUCAUCGCAUACGUCAGUGAUAUCGCAGCCAGCACCCAAAUCUCCUGGACUGAUAAUUACGCCAUGACUGGCGUCACCAAUCAUGACACUGGCUCGUUGAAAUACACCACAACUACACCGAUUGUGGGGGUCAAGUUCGGCGACAAGAUAAACGUUGACGAAAUAUCUUUCAUCAUACCUUCACCCAACAAGGAUGCUCCCACAGAUGGCUUCCUUUUCAAGAACAAGAUCGAGUGCUCUGCUGUUUUGUACCGGGAGAUCAACGGUGAAUUGGAACAAAUCUACACUAGCCACGGCGGGGACAUGUCACCGGACUCCUCCGAGGUGAUCAUUCCCCAGAAGAAGGUGUAUGUGUGGUUUUCUGAUGAUAUCACGUCUACUACUGUGGAUGGAAGGAUGGCACAAGCGGAGGUUCUCGAUUUUGAUUUUGAUGACUAUGGUGAGAUGACAUUUACCUUUAAUGAUGCCGGUGUUUGGAUAAAGUCUUGA